GAUUCUUAUUCUAGAAUAGAUCUUAGCUGAGCUUGAUCUAGAUCUUGGCUCUAGAAUCUACUACUACUUUUUAGUUAGUAGUCAAGUGAAGCUGCAUUACAUUGUCUUCAUGCCUUGACCCACUCCGGCGUUUCGAUCUAGACAGACUGAUGACAGAGGAAAUUUUUUUCAGAACUCAUCAUUGCAGAUAGUAUAGUCCAAUUCAUUGCAUCCCAAAUAUGAGCUUUAAUUUUGAAUCAGACACUGAGUGUGUGGUGGUGGAUCUAAUUCUACUAAAUGGUGAAAAAAAAGACAACAUUAGUAUUUGCACCAAUGCUCUAGUUUCAGAGGAGAAACACAGAAUCUUACAUGAGUACAAUAUAAUUGAACCUGAUUUGAAACUUGUGAUUGUUGCACAAAAUGGUAGUGAAAUGGUUAUGGAUGAAGAUGAAGAAAUGAGCAAAUAUGUCAGUACACUAGCAGGAAGUAACUUAGAAAUUAGACGAAGAAAUAGUCCAACUAGGUCUAGUGGUUACAGUGAAAAUCUCAGCCUAUUAAAAUGCCACAUAAAACAAGCACCAGAUAAUUGAAUGACAAAAUUUUUAGAUAUUUGUAAUAAAUUGUUUUUAAUUUAUCAAAUCUUGCGUGUUAUUCAAUUGUUAAAACUAAUGAUUAGUUUAAAUCAACCUUAAUAAUCUGUAGAAAUUAAUUUCAAAAAUUUUUAAAAUGACACAAACUAAUACAUCAGCUUCUAGACUGUUAUACCUAAAUGAACAUAGUAAUAGUAGCUAUUGUGUCUAAAAAUAGAGAAGAAAAUACUUAUGCAGAACACAUUUUGUUUGUUUUGAUGGGUCAUUCUUCUAAAACAUGUAAAUAAAAGCAUUAAUUAAACUAUUUAAAAAAUUGAACCUAAGAAGAUGUAUAGUGAUAUAGCUUAAUUUUCUUUGAUAUCAAACCAUUGUCUUACCCAUAAAUGCAAA